CACCGAUUGGCGAUCAGUUUGUUUCGAGACGCGAGACGAUGAGGUUCGCCGAUGCUCGCACGACCACGAUUCGAUGUCACAACGACGAGCCCGACCAAGCAGCCGCCUUCCAUCCGCGUUUUCUACCCCUUCGCGACAGGAGCCAGCCGGAAUGCGUUUCGUUCGCGUGGUGCAGCAAACGGCGUAAAACGGAGUAGACGGAUAUUUAAGUUAGGAGGAAAAAGAGAAAUAGAACAUACGUGAGCGAUGCGAAACGAUUAAAAGGUGGAGUAAUAGGAUAAGCGGGAAGAAAGGGAUCGAAGGCCGGUCAUAUGUGUCGGACGAAUGUUCGAGCGAACGAACGGAGAGAAAGUCACCGAGGGGAGAUUCGACGUACGAGCGACUCGAAAGUGAAUGAAAGGAGCCGAAGAUACAACAGCUAAACGAUAAGUUGGGGUGAGAGAUCAGAAAUAUAUGCCGAGGAAGAAUUUCGCUUCGGACAAUUGAGAAAGCGCAUUGAAGAAAUUACUUUCAAACGUAAAACGUCCACAGCGAUAAAUAGAUCAGAGGAACAUUUCGUCGAUAUUUCAGAAUUUUCGGACGCGCCGGUGGACGGCAGCCGCGGCUCCGUAAGCGUCCUGCCGAUUACUAUUUACUCUCCGGACGAGCGAUCCGGGUCGAGGGAGCAGGGAGCAACGCUCUCCGCGGGCGACCUCUUUGCGGCGGGGGUCGAAAAAAUGUGGUGCUCCUCGAGUGAGAGCGUUCGAAUGAACGAGCGCGCUCGCGAGGGCGAGAAGGGACGGCGGCGGGACAACGACGACGACGAGGUUGCGACGGACAAUGUCGACUCCGGAUUUCUCUCGGCCGGCAGUAUGCAGGUCAGCGCCGAGAUCCGCGACCCCGAGACGCCGCAGCCGCGAAAGGAGGAUGAUCGGCGGAUGACGCUGGUGAAUCCCGGCGAGGACCGGCGACGAGCGGUCGAGCCGCCGGCGCCGACAACGGGAUUGACGACCUCGGCACCGCCACCACCGUCUCCGUCGCUCCCAUCAUCAACGACUGUGGUAGCGGCGACGGCGAAGGCGGCGUUCGCGGAGGUGCCAGCGCGAGUCAUCGACAGCGGCGUCGUGGACGUCGACCUCAGCGAGGAUCUGAACCGGCUCACCCUGGGGAAGCGGCCCGGAUCCUGCCUGAAUCCGCUCGCCAGCAGCGAGGAUCAUCGCCUGGCUCAGGUCGAGCCGACGACGACGACGAUCCUCGAACUGACUCCUGUGAAAGCGGCAUCAGCGGAAUUGAUCCACGUAAUGCCGCAGUACCAGGACGACGACCUGCUCGAGCAGCACCAGCUGGAUGUUGCCAGAAAGAAGCGUGCGAUAAUAAGCGAAAACACCUGGCAGCUUUAUUACGCGCAGGACGACGACGGUGACACGAAAUUGCACAUCGCAAUUAUGCAGGGCUUCGUGGAGACUGCGCUCGAAUUGAUACGACUGGUGCCUCAUCCUUCCCUAUUGAACAUGUACAACGACAAGCGGCAAGCGCCUUUGCAUCUAGCAGUACUGACGAGUCAGUCGCUAAUCGUCAGACGGCUAAUUCUCGCGGGCGUAGAUCCAUCUCUCAGGAAUUCGUGUGGAAACACGGCCCUUCACCUGGCCUGCAGAAGCGGAGAUCUGGCUUGUGCCAAGGCCCUCACGGACCCAUUGUCUCCGAUGGAGAGGAACAAGUUGAUGCCUGGGCAGACAGUACCCGCCUUACCUCAGGAUUUGGAGCAACGGAACUAUAAUGGUGAGAUGUGUCUGCACCUGUCCGCUGCUAAGGGUCACGUGAACCUGGUGCGUCUUCUGUUGCGUCUCGGCGCCGAUCUCGAGGCGAGGGAAGGUCUGGCGGGAUACACGGCGCUUCACCUCGCGAUGGAACAUAGACGUCGGUCGGUAGUUAACUUCUUGCUCCAGGAAUGCAAACCCUCUCUAGACACGCAGACGUACAGCGGCCUGACGGCCUACCAGAUAGCACUGAGCAUUGACAUCCAGCUCGCCAGGGAGCUGGUGCGAUACGGCGCAAAACCGGAGCCGCUGCCGAAUUCAGAUUCGGAGAGCAGUUCUGAGGACGAGACUUACGGAGAGGCGAGUUACUUGCCCGCGAUCGUCAAAAUGCAAAACGCAGUCGAAGUGAAGGUCUAAAUUACUCACCAAUUAAAUAUUAAAGAUAUGUUGGACAGCCAUUAAUUCAUUGAAUCCAAACGUUAUACGACUGCUGAAUGAGAAAAUGAAAUAGAAAACACAUGCUAUGUAUAUAACGUUCAUAUGCACAAGGAAAUAUCUCACCUUACUUGGAAACGACUAUAAAAUUCUUUUAACUUAAUUCUUUUAUUAUUUUAUAAAUUAAAUUAAGAGUGCGGUCCAAAUGCUUGACGCUACGAAUACUUCAAAGCAUUUGAAUCAGAACCAAGAAUUUUACUAAUUGAAUGCUUUAAAGCAUCGUAGCCUAUUUUUAUUAUAUUCACGAAAUCGGAUAUAUUCAAAUAAUUGUAUUCGAAGAUGAAAGUUAGUUUCAUUAAAUCGCAUAUUUCGCGUGAAUCAAAUUGUAGUUAUAAGUUUGACGCGCUUAUGACAUCAUCCUAAUUCAUCGAACUAGAUUUGAGUGAAUUACAAAAAGCGAGAAAAUUGUUAAAGUUAAGUAGAUAGCAAAUGAAUACAGGAUUUUUAACUUCGACCUGCGUUAUACGCGCGCGAUUAUAGAGAUUUAUUUUGAAUAUUAUUAUUAUAAUUAAUUAUUGAUUAUAUACGUGCGCGCUUUUUAAAUUGAAAUUAGCGGCAACGUAUGAAGAGAUGAGAUAAACGAAUGAGAAGAUAACAAAGACGUAUGGAAAUCAAAGAUCUCAGAAACGAACUUAUACGCGAUUAACGAAUAUUCGAUUAACGAACGAAGCAACGAUAUGUGAAAUGCUUGAGAGCCUUUACCUUUCAUGCGCAAUGUGGAUGUGCAAUACUUCGAAGUGUGUUUGUGAAAAAUGUUGUAAAAAGGGCAAUCCCAUCAUAUUUUGUACAUUGGUCUUACGACAUGGGUUGAAUGUAUUCUGUACAAACGAGAAGAGAGUGUGAUUGUUCUGAAAUAUGUAACAACGUGAGAAUGAAAUAUUUAUGAUAAAUGUAAUUAGUCCAAUUAUGUGAACGACACAAGUCCACAGAGAGUAAAAUGCCAUUUUCAAUCAAAGCUAAUGUUUUUUGGCGCUUAACAAUAUUUCCAUAUCAGUUUGAUUUGCGAUAUUAUUUCCAGUUUUAGUUUAUGAUCACAUUACAAGUCCGACAACUUAUAGAACAGCGCACAAUUUAUAGAACUAAUAAAACGUAUUUAUAAAUUGAUAUAAAAAUAUUAUUAAGCAUCAAUCUUGACUGAAAAUGGAAUAUCUGCGCCUUUUGAGCGCGCCUUAUUUUAUACUGUAAAUAGAGAAGUACUGAUAUACAAAAUGUAAAUAGAGAAUAGAGAAAUCCGCGUUUACGAAAAAAGAUUUUGUUAUAAAUCGUAGAUCGUAAGGUGAACAUGAGGUUGGCGCGUGGUACAAAAUAUAUUUUAUAAGUUGAAGAGAAAUAAUCAAAUUCUCGUUCUUACAUGCGACUCAUAGAGAUGCGAUUAAUUACAUUGUUAGCGCAACUUUCUAUUUAAUUAGCUGAGAUAAUAGGUCAAAUAUCUGUGCACAAUUAUGUGCAUGUAUUUAUGUUAGCAGAGGAGAAAAAGAUCCAAAAUAAUAUGUUUGUCAAUAAUGGACGUUAUAUGGAUCUUAUCAGUGUUCAAUUUAGUAAUAUAAGAUCGCUUCCGUCAAAGAGUGUACAGUAAGCCCGUUUCUCGUGUACAUAGCUCAUCUUCCGUUAAAAUCAUAUGAAUAAUAUCACAGCCACGUUGCAUUAAAUAACAACGGCGACGACAUUAUCAUCAUUAUUGUUAUAUUCGUGUAUGUAAAGGUCCCAUAAUUAUUUUUAAUAAAAAAAAAAACUAUGUUGCAAAA